AUGCUGGAGACAAAAAAGCUAACAGACCUGUUAGAAGAGGCCUUGUGUCCCAUGAAUCGGAGCUUGAAGAAAAAGCACAUCAAACGCAGAGAGCGGGUAAUAUCCGCGAACGAAAUAGCCGUACGCGCCAUGUGUGUGCAAUUCAUAAAGUUCUCAAGUAGAGAUGCGUGCCUUCAUAUAGACGAGUUCUACAGCGCCUUCAAAGAGUUGGACCGAGAUCACGCUCGUGUGCUAUUCGACAAGGUGUUUGACAUGAAUAAGGAUGGCGUUAUCUCCUUCUCAGAGUUCAAAACGACCGUAAACGAUCUACUGUCGCUCGACCGUACAGCCAGAUCAGAGCUGAUGUUCGAUAUGGUGGACAGUGACAAGUCUGGCACCAUCGAGUACGCCGAGCUUCUAGCACUUUUGCACAACGGCCGCGCGUCGAGCAAAGUGGUACUCUCCGAUUCUGAUGCACGCAGUCUCGUGGACAACUUCAUUACGAGUGCCAUUUCACGCAAAUCCUCUACCCUGGACUAUGAACAGGUGCACAUCCCACGAGCAGAUUUCGUGCACUGGAUGCAACGCACGGAUACAGACAGACUACUCGACCUGUCUGCUACCGUGUUAUCCUGGAUGAAGUCAGAAAGCAAGAAUAGCUACUCCACGAAGUCGCACACGUACUGGCUUCGCAAUCAUCAGCGCGAAGUCGGUGGCGCUUUUGUGUGGCUGGCAGCCACUGUGAUCAUCUCGGUCUACGCGUUCCACACUUACUACAAUCAAGUUCCGUACAUAUCGUUUGGUCUGGCGAAGCUGGGAGCCUGGAAUAUAAUGAUGAACACUUGCUUUCUGUAUCUUCUUCUGAUGAGGAAUGUGCUGAGUUGGGCGAGGCAAAUGUGGAUCUUCCAUAUCUUCAACACACAUAACCAUGUCGCCGACCACGUUUUCAUUGGCAAGAUGAUUGGAAUAUACUCUAUACUCCACAUUGUGGCACAAAAUCGAUUAUAUCAAAAUGCCUGGCUUGUGGGAUAA